CUACCUAGUAGCCUAGGUAGGGGUCACAGAUGCCCAAGCGCCCCGCCCUUCCUAGUCUCAGUGGCAGUCACAGUCACAAGCCCGCCCACCCAGACCCGAUCCAAUCAAUGCAUCUAUGGUGGGCGCCAUUCCCAGCUUACACGUCCUCUUUUCUCCAGUUCUCGCCCUCUCAUAUGAUCUCACGUCCUUUCUCAUCUUUUCCUCCUGCCGUUUCGGAUUCACUCGACGACGUGUCGUUCGUUGCCACGCCUUUUUUUUUUUGUCAGCUUAGGCCCUGCUUUGCGACGUUUUCUUGGGCGUAACAACAUUAGUAUAUUUACGAAGCCUACCAUCUACUACCUCUAGUACUUACCUCCAUACACCUAAACGCCGCCAACCAUACUUUCCCCGCUCUUUUGCGUGGGCUGUUGUUACUCCUACUCCCUUACUUGGUUCUUUGACGACGACAUUUGUACCUUGAUCACUCUCAACUAAGCAGUCGGCUUCACCGAUUCCCAACAUUCGCUAUUGCUGCUAUUGCAAAACACUCGACGUUGAAUUAGUUUCAUCCUUUCAUCCGUAUUCAUACUUACGACGACGCUGGCCGCUCGACGACGCUUACUUCUCACAUCUGACUAUCACGAUCGUCCCUGGGAGAGACUUCUUGUGAGAACAAAGAAAUCACUUUCCAUCUGAUCCCCAACAAGACCUCAUUGUUGUGUAUACACUGUUGGAACCCGUGGCACCAGCGCAACAGCGAAUAUGGCCGACCAACAGCCUCAAAGUUCUGAUUCGACUCCACUACCCCCUGCUGCUCCAACUCCCAUUUCUCUGCCAACACAUAACUCGGGCCCUUCUCCUGUGCCUCUCCUCCGACCCGCCAUUCCUGGCGCCAGAAGUGGUGGAGCUCGUACACCCAGACUUGGUCUCGCUAUCCCACCGUCACCCAAUGCCAAAGCUGUAGGCAAUCAAGGAGCAGCCGCGGCUGCACCCUCAAGGCCCCCUUUGCCGACACUACACCUAGCUACCCCUAUGGGUAGUCAAGUCACACCCCAUGAACAAUUACCACGAUCCCAAUGUGCGACCCAAGCAUCGGCAGGUGGCGGUAGUGAAAGUAGCGCGGCUCACUCAAGGUCUGGCAGUUUCGGCCCUCUAGAUGGACGGGCAAGCAACCCCACUUCUGCGGGAUCUCAAUAUUCCGCUUUGUCUUUUGCUUCGCAGUAUGGUAUAGGUGUAUCAAGACCUCAAGGUACUCCGGAUCCGGUAUCUGCUGUGGGAUCUAUGUACUCCGAGAGAAGCGAGGGUGGGGUAUCCAUGGAGCGAGAUGGAAGUCUUCAAGGUUUGGAGGCAUUCGAUAAACUAAGCCUUGAGAAGGCCAGGACUCUGGACGUUGAUGAACUUGACGAAGAGGGUUGGAGAAUUGCAAGCUUGGAGAAGAGAAUUGUCGAGAUUGGGAAUCUAGGUGAAGGUGCUGGAGGUGCUGUCACAAGAUGCAAGCUCAAGGGUGGUAACACUGUUUUUGCCCUCAAGGUCAUCACUACGAAUCCGGACCCCGAUGUCAAGAAGCAGAUUCUCAGAGAGCUGGGAUUCAACAAAGAGUGCGCUUCAGACCACAUAUGCAAGUACUAUGGAGCCUUUGUCGACCCGGCUACGGCCACAAUCUCAAUUGCAAUGGAGUUUUGUGAAGGCGGUUCGCUUGAUAGCAUUUAUAAGGAGGUCAAGCGUUUGGGGGGCAGAACAGGAGAGAAGGUCUUAGGAAAGAUUGCUGAGGGUGUUCUGGGCGGCCUGACGUACCUGCAUACUCGACGCAUCAUUCACCGUGACAUCAAACCUUCGAACAUCCUGCUCUGCCGAGAUGGUGCCGUGAAACUUUGCGAUUUUGGCGUCUCUGGCGAUUUUGGUACUAAGGGAGAGGCCAAUACUUUUAUCGGCACCAGCUAUUAUAUGGCACCCGAGCGUAUCACCGGCCAGUCCUAUACUAUUACUUCGGAUGUUUGGUCAACCGGAGUUACCCUUCUCGAGGUUGCGCAGCAUCGUUUCCCGUUCCCCGCAGACGGCACAGAAAUGCAACCGCGGGCUGGUCUUAUAGAUUUACUCACAUACAUCGUAAGACAGAACGUGCCCAAACUGAAGGACGAACCUGAAAUGGAUGUGUAUUGGAGUGACAACUUUAAAUAUUUUAUCGAGUGCUGUUUGGAAAAACAACCCAACAGACGAGCCAGUCCUUGGAAGAUGAUGGAGCACCCAUGGAUGGUUGAGAUGCGCUCCAAGCGUGUCAACAUGGUGAAAUAUCUUUCUUUUGUCUGGGGUUGGGAUGAACAACCUAAGGACUCUUAGAAAGAUAUACAACGAGCUCAAGCUUCGGAGCAGCAAAUUGUCAAAGCAGCCCAAACAGCACAGGAUGUCAAAUGGAAGAAGAUCAAGACGGCACAAGUUCUCGCAGAAGCAGAAGAAUUGGUGAAACAGGCCUCGGAAGAAGCAAAUCGGAGAAAUGCCCAUGCAUCAUGAACGCUUCACAAAGACCAUGAAUGAACCAGAAAAGGCCACAUUCCUCAUCAGCCAUUUACACUACGCCCACGAUUAUGUGAACAGAGCUUGCGGGCUUCGUCGUGAGCAUAUCUCUUUAAAUACAUCGUCACUGAUGUUUGUUUCAUGAUACAAAAUGAUAGGCUCAAGAAUGCGUGCGGACAAAGGACCUCCAGCCUGCAGUAGGUAGCUUCAGGAGACCCUCUUGUGGUAUUAUUAUGUCCUCUGCAGUAGUGGAUGUUUAAUAUUAGUGCAAUUGCUCCAGCCAUCAAGCUGAGUGCUGCCAGAAUAUAGCGACCUCCGCAUUAGAUAGAUAUACUUGAUAUCUGGAAUCCAAGCGCCUCAGUUUUAUUGUAUCCCCCACUUAAAUACAUGGAUAUCAAAUUCCUGUCAAUGGUCCUCUACACUUUACUAUCCUAGGUAUUCAACACCUGCAUUUCAAGUGUCCCUUGCAACGGUCUCGGUAUCCUCAGUGGGGUCACCCAUGAGCUCGCGUAACGCAAUAGUUGCGUAUGCACUGCGUCCAAGUUGAAACUUAACUACCACCGCAACCUUUGUAGGUUCUUGAGAAGCAGGAGCCGCUUCAGGGGCAGAGCCAUCGUCUGCUGUCUCUGCUUGGACAUAUGUCAUCUCAACCUCUGCAGAAGCGGGCGUACCAUUUUCAACCUUCGUUUUCUUGACUGUUGAGCCGGAGUCAGCGUCCUCAUGAGAACGCUUCCUGCUAGGGCCCUUCGAAGCCUUGAUAUUGUCCAAGUCAGUUGGGUGCAUUUGCUCUGCAUCAUCUGAGUAGGCACGGAUCUCAGCGGAGGGCGUAGCAAGGAAUCGGUUCAUGAUUUUGCGGUAUCGGCCAGGCAGACUGAACUCGCGGCGCAUACGGCGCAUUUUGUAGGGGUCAAGGUUACCAUUCUCGUCGCGACUCAUAAAGUCCUUGUAGAAUUCCCCGAUAUCGUUCUCGGGAUAUACGACAUCGUAGCCUGGUGUUGGCAGCACAAUGUCGAAAAUGGUGUAAUUACCACUGAUGGCUUCUUCAGCGGUAAGAGGACGAGCGCGAACGGGAGCAUCUUCAUCGUCUUCGACAGGGUUGAUAAUGUCAUCACCGUCUUGGUCCUGGCCACUGACAAGAGGCACACUCUCCGUCGGAGCGAUGAUGAGAUCGCCUGCAAUCACAUUCUCGCCGUGAAGCUCCCAGCGACGACUGGCGGCGUGGUUCCAGAUAUAGGACUGAUAGGCAUGAAGAUACAUGGAGCGCAAGCCACGAGUGAUGUGAACCAGAGAGCCAAUGAAAUCGCGUCUAGACUGAGCGCCCUGCCGGUUCAGAUGUCUGAAGAUGCUGUUCUCGGCAGAAAAUCGACGAGGCAUGAGCUUGAUGGCUCGGUCGACAUCUUUGUCUGUAAGGAAGAGCAUGCAGGCCUGGUUUCGCAAAUACUCGUCUCUCUUGGAAGGUUCGUCAGGAAUAUCACCCGCCUCAGCCCUCUGUGCAAUCUUAUCAUCGUAAUGGAGCAGUGACAUGACUGCCUCCUCGUACUUGUCCCCGAGGAUGAGUUGCCCAAUCUGGUGUGUACCGACUUCGUGAGUUCCGAAGCGCUGGUGACCAAAAUAGUUAAUCCAGCCGUGUUCAUUCAUAUGAUUCAGAGCCGAAUCAACGUUCUUCUUCAGUAC